AUGUUUUAUCUUUACGUUUACACUAUUUUUGAGAAACCUUUUGAAAACUUUUGGUUGGAGGGAAUAGUUCCUGCCGUCUUCACUCCUUUUCAAGAUGAUGGCGAGCUAAAUUUACCCAAAAUUGACGAAUAUUGUGCUUUCUUGGUGAAAAAUGACAUCAAUGCUAUUUUUGUUAAUGGUACGACGGGUGAAGGAAAAUCUUUGACAAAGGAAGAAAGAAAGAAGGUAGUUGAAAAAUGGAUCACUUCAGCAACUGGAAGGUUAAAGGUCGUGGUUAACGUCGGUGGAUUGAAUGUUCGAGAUAGUAUUGAUUUAGCCAAACAUGCCGUAAACGCUGGGGCGGACGCUAUUGCAUCUCUCCCACCACUGUUUUUUAAACCGAACAGUAUUGAGAUUCUUGUUGAGCAUUGUAAAGCUGUGGCUGAUGCUGUUCCAAACCUUCCAUUUUAUUAUUACCAUUUACCCAACAUGACAGGAGUAGAGCUGAAAAUGGAAGAUUUCUUGAUCAUGGCAAAGAAAAAAAUACCAAAUUUGGUUGGCCUAAAGUUUGCAUCAAAGGAUCUUGGAGAUAUGAUCGGUUGUUUAUUUGCUGGAAAAUUUAACAUCCUCUGUGGUUGUGAUGAGCAACUAAUGGCAAACAUGGUUAUGGGAGCACACGGUGCAGUUGGUACUCUAUACAACUUCAUGCCUCAGCUGUUCCACAGACUUGUUCAGUAUGUUAGAAAUGGAGAGAUGCAGAAUGCUCGGGCAGAACAAAUUCGCGCACAAAAGGUUCUACGGAUUAUGGUUAAAUAUGGUCACCAGCUUGGGGGUAAUGUGGCAGCUGUGAAACCGUUUAUGACACUUGUCGGUUUGGAUCUUGGACCUCCUCGCCAACCAAUGAGGGCUAUGUCUGUUGAUGAAACCGCAGAAUUCCUAAAUGACGUUGAUAAACUAGGAUUCAAAGACUGGAAUCCAGCUCUUUCCUUGUAGCAAUUUUUUUUUUCUAAAAAUCUUGUCACCUGAAUCAUUCUGCUGACUUAAACAAAAGCUUGCGCGUCAGUCGACAUCUAUAAUAAAAAAUAAAUGUUAA